GUGACCCUGCCCCUGCCGGAGCCGCGGCUGCCAGCGACAUGUUCAAGGUAAUUCAGAGAUGUGUGGGGCCAGCCAGCCUGAGCCUGCUCACCUUCAGAGUCUAUGCAGCACCGAAAAAGGACUCACCUCACAAAAAUUACAUGAAGGUUGAUGAGCUUUCACUCUACUCAGUUCCUGAGGGUCAAUCUAAAUAUGUGGAGGAGCCAAGGACUCAACUUGAAGAAAACUUCUCGCAACUCCGACAUCAUUGUGAGCCAUAUACAAGUUGGUGUCAGGAAAUAUACUCCCAUACUAAACCCAAGGUGGAACGCUUCGUCCAGUGGGGAAUAGACAACUAUGAAUAUCUCCAAAACGCACCUCCUGGAUUUUUCCCAAGACUUGGUGUUAUUGGUUUUGCUGGUUUUGUUGGACUCCUUUUUGCUAGAGGUUCAAAACUAAAGAAGCUGGUGUAUCCUCCUUUUUUCAUGGGAUUAGGUGCCUCUGUCUAUUACCCACAACAAGCCAUCACCUUUGCCCAGGUCAGCGGGGAGAAGUUAUAUGACUGGGGAUUACAAGGCUACAUAAUUGCUGAAGAUUUGUGGAAGCAACAUUUUCAGAAGCCAGGAAAUGUGAAGAACUCACCUGGAAAUAAAUAGAAAACUCCAUGUUCUGCCCAUUUUAAUCAGUUAUAGGUAAACAUUGGAAACUCCAGACGGUAAAUCAGUAUUUCUACAGACAAAUGGCAGAGAGUCAGUAUUGGAUAUAGUAAACUGGCUUUCUUCAGGAAAAACAACACUAAGCCUCUUUGCUAUCUUGGGUGAUGCCAUAUUACAGGCCAACUAAUCAGCAAUCCUUCACAUGGAAAUAAUGUACAAGCCUUAGAACUCCUCAUUCUUAUAUCACUAUUUAUGUACGUAAUUAAAAUCCAGAUUCAAACAGA